AUGUCACGUUUUUCAAGUCCGAUUAGCGGCAUUGGGAACAUCGAAUCCCAGGCUGCUCCAAUCUAUGCAUACCAGUCUCUCCCAGAUAUUAACCACAUCCGACGCGUCAUAAUACACCCUGAGAGCCUCCAACAACCGAUUAUCAUCAGUCUAGACACUGUGCCCUUUUUGCAAAAUCAAUAUCCCCAGUAUGAGGCCCUCUCAUACACUUGGGGUUCUGAGGAAAACCGCGAAAUCAUCCGAGUCGACAGCGCAGAUGGCCAGGCGAUCUCAGUUACGUCUAACUUGGCUGUCGCUCUGAAGUACUUGCGGCACACAGAUAAGCCACGGACCAUGUGGAUCGAUGCUAUCUGUAUCAAUCAGGCAGAUGUAGUCGAAAAGGGGCCGCAAGUCAAGAUGAUGGGGGAGAUCUAUCGACAUGCUGCUCGUGUUGCGGUCUGGCUGGGACCCGAGGCCGACAAUAGUGACAUUGCCAUGGCGAAGAUGGAAUACUUAGGCUCUCAAAUCCAAUUUGACUUCGCCAAAACCAUGAGAAUGAGUCCAGCCAUGGGAGCCAUGGAACUGGACAUGGCAGACUGGAAGAUACCUCUGCAUCUGGAGAGCAAGGAUUUGCACGCAAUCACUCAUCUAUUACGCAGGUCAUGCUUCCUUCGUUCUGCUCAUAUCCAUGCAUCGCUGUUUGCCCUGAGAGACACAUUUGGGACUUCAGGCUGCGCCGAUCCACGAGACAGAAUUUACGGUGUUUUGGCACUGCUCCCGGAUUUUUUAGGCAAGAAAAUUGUGCCCGACUACACCAAGCCUUUUGGAGAUGUCUACAAAGAAACUUUUCUACAUUGCCUGCGAACGACCAUGGACCUUUCUGUUCUUCGCGAGUCUUGGUACGAAAUUCCUACACCUAAUUUGCUUCGAGUGGCUGGGGUAUCGAUUGGUGCGAUUCAACAUCUCGAUGGUGUACAGGCGCAUUCCUCGAACCGCAGAGAAAUACUUGAGGAGCUUCGCCGAUUGAUCAUAAACAUCAUUUAUCCGGAGAGGAAGAUAAUCGACGACGAUGAAAUCGAGUUUGUUGCUCGGACUCUCGUGUGUAAUAUGUUAUCCGACGGCACCGAACCGCCGGAUGAACGGCUUCCAACUGUAGAGGCAGGCAAAAGAGUCAUCCGGAAGAUGUUGUCUGAUGUUGAUGAGUUCAACCAGCUUGAUGAAGAAGAACUUGAUUUCCUGCGCCCAUUUGAGCACAUGCCUGGCAAGCAAAUUUUCAAAACCGCAGAUGGGCAAUUGGGGGUUGCGAAGGCAGGCGCUCAAUUGGGCGACCAGAUUUGUGUCCUGAUUGGGUGUGAUGCGCCCCUGGUUCUUCGGCCGACUCUGCAGGGGAAGUUUCUAGUCAUAUACGAGGGGUGA